AUGGCCGCCGACGCAUCGCCUGCACGGCCCUCGCGACGAGCUGCGUCGAGGAAGAAGGUGGUGGUCGACGACGACGACUCGGACAUCGAAAACUCGGUGCCCAGUCAGCAACAGGACGACGAUGAGGACGACGACGACGACGACGACGACGAGUUCACAGCGGCGCCGAAGAGCGCAAAGUCGCCGACGAGGAAGACACGGGCCGAUGCGACUCCUCGACGACCAACAGCCGCGCGACGGAAGACAGUGGCAGACGAAGAUGUCGAAGCAUCGAUUGAGCCGUCGCAAGUCUUCAGCCCGCCCGAAAGUGUCGCAGGUGAGCCCGCCUCACCUACCAAGAAGGCAGCACCCAAGCGACGGAGUGUGAAAGAUGCGCGGGCUGCGCGACAGAGCAGAGUCUCGCGAGUGUCAAUCGCACCAGGCUCGCCGGCCGACCUGCAGCCACCCUUACCCACACCCCAACCAACGCAGUCGCCCGAGCCUAGACCGCAGAACCCGAGGUCAGGCACGCCGCUCACAGACGUUACCGGAUCCGUGUUGAACGAGCAAACGCCGCGACAGACACGAACUCCCACACUCGACGAGACAGAAGUGCCAGAUGCGACAGAGACGCCGACAACUCCCACCAUGGCACAUCGCAAAGUGACGCCAGCGCCAGGGGACGGCUCUCUGCUGGAGACGACUGAGGUGGCGGCGCAAACACCCAAGACGGAAGUGCGGAGAGUGGAUCCCAACAUCACAAAGCUGGACCGACCCAUGGACAUUGUGGUGCGCAAGAGAGCGAUUGGUGUGCCGCAGUCGCAAGAGCCGCUCGAACCCAAGGCACGCAUGACAAUCACAUACUUGUACAUGACCAACUUCAAGUCGUAUGCCGGACGACAGCAGGUGGGCCCUUUCCACGCUUCAUUCUCCUCGGUCGUUGGACCCAACGGAUCUGGAAAGAGCAAUGUUAUCGAUUCGUUGCUGUUCGUCUUCGGCUUCCGUGCCAGCAAGAUGCGACAGGGCAAGAUCUCAGCUUUGAUCCACAACAGCGCACAGUUCCCAGAUCUGGACUUUUGCGAGGUCGAGGUGCACUUUCAGAUGGUCAUGGACGAGCCCGGGGGCACAUCUACGCCUGUACCAGACUCCGAACUGGUCGUCUCGCGAAGGGCGUUCAAGAACAACAGUAGCAAAUACUACAUCAACGGCAAGACCUCAGACUUCACAGCAGUCACAACUCUCCUCAAAGGCAAAGGCAUCGAUCUGCACCACAAGCGCUUCCUCAUCCUGCAGGGUGAGGUGGAAUCAAUUGCACAGAUGAAGCCGAAGGCCGCGAACGAGCACGAUGAUGGAUUGUUGGAGUAUUUGGAGGAUAUCAUUGGUACAUCCAAGUACAAGACGCCCAUCGAGGAAGCAGCCACCGAGACGGAAACGUUCAACGAAGUCUGCCUGGAGAAGAGCACUCGUGUUCAGCAUGUAGAGAAAGAGAAGAAUGGCCUGCAGGACAAGAAGGACAAGGCUCUCGAGUACGUCAAGAACGAGAACGAGCUUGCCUCGAAGCAGUCAGCUUUGUGGCAGAUCUACGCGGCAGAGAGCCAGGACAACAUUCAGGUGUCGAAGGAGGCAAUCGGUCAGAUGCAAGAACAGCUGAACGACGAAUUGAACCGACACCAGGGUGCCGAGGACGAGAUCAAGGCCAUGGAGAAGGAGUACAAGGCUGGCUCGAAAGCCUACGAGAAGAUGGCCAAGGAGACAGAUGCCAUCACCAUGGAAGCUGACAAUCUGGACAAGGCAGCAGUCAAGAUUGAGGAGAAGAAGAAGCACCUCAAGAACAAGGAGAAGAAGCUGGAGAAGACGCGCGACUCAUCGGACUUCGAGGUGCAGCAACAGUCCACCUUGGCUCAGCAGGCGGCAGACGACAUCGAACGGCUCGGCGGUGAGAUUGAAGAGCUUGAGCAAGAGAUGCAAGGCGAAGAGAAGGAGCUUGCGAAGGUCCGUGACGCACUCAAGGGCAAAACUCAAGGCAUCAGUGAUGAGAUCGCCGUCAAGCAGAAGCAGCUUGAGCCUUGGAGCGCAAAGAUCAACGAGAAACAAUCAGCGAUGGCGGUCGCGCAAAGCGAGCUCGACAUUCUGCGCGAGCGAGAAAACUCUGGUGCAACUGCGAUCUCUGAUGUCGAGGCAAAGAUUGCCGCAUUGCAGGAGCAGAGAGAAGUCAAAGCUGCCGAGAUCGACGCGUGUAAAAAGCAGCGAAAGAGCGCCGAGAAGGAAGUUCAGGUCGUGCAGAAGCAACUUGACGAUGUCUUGACGAAAGAGCCAGCCACCAAGACGAAGCUCUCCAACGCAAGGCAGAAGGCUGACGAAGCACGUUCCAGCCUGUCUGCUACACAGAGUCAAGGCAAAGUACUCGACGGCUUGACCCGACUGAAGGACUCUGGACGUGUUGAUGGCUUUCAUGGACGACUUGGCAAUCUUGGUGCUAUCGACGCCAAGUACGACAUCGCCAUCUCGACUGCAUGCCCGUCCUUGGACAACAUGGUUGUCGAUACUGUUGAGUCCGCCCAGCAGUGUAUCGAGUACCUUCGCAAGAACAAUCUCGGCCGAGCAAACUUUAUAUGUCUUGAUAGACUACCACAGCGAGACAUGUCGGAGAUUGACACACCGGAGAACUGCCCUCGACUCUUCGAUCUUGUGAAGAGCAAGCACGAGCGAUUCCGACCAGCAUUCUACAGUGUGCUACAGAACACAAUCGUAGCCAAGGACUCCCAGCAGGCGGACAGAGUAGCUUAUGGCGCCAAGAGGUGGCGUGUGGUCAGUUUGGAGGGCAAGCUUAUCGACAAGUCUGGUGUGAUGAGUGGUGGAGGCAACAGAGUCGCAAAGGGAGCCAUGUCCUCGAAGGUUGCUGGUGACACCACCAAAGAUCAAGUGCAGAAGCUCGAGGUCGAUCGUGAGGCUCUUGAGCAGGAGUACUCUGAACUUCAGCAACAGCAGCGCGAUCUCGACUCGCAAGUCCGAGAGUUGCAGAACCAAGUGCCAAAGCUAGAGACUCAAGCGCAGAAGCUUACACUGGAACUUGGCAGCAUUAAUCGGAACAUCCAGGACUCUGAGAAGCGGAUUGAAGAGCUCACCGCUGAGCAGAAAUCUGCUAAAUCUGACAAGGGCAAGCUGACGGGCCUAGAGAAGAGCAUUGCUUCACUCCAGAAAGAGGUCGAGAAGCUGCAGUCCGAGACUGAAGGCAUCGAGGCCGAGAUCAAGGAACUUCAAGACAAGAUCAUGGAGAUCGGUGGUGUCAAACUGCGCAUGCAGAAGGCCAAGGUCGACGGCUUGAAGGAGCAGAUCGAUGCCCUCAACGAGCGUCUCAGCACCGCCGAGGUCAACAAGUCGAAAGCGGAAAAGACGCGUGCUAAGCAAGAAAAGGCUGUGGUCGAUGCUGAGAAGGAGCUUGAGAAGGUUGCCAAGGAUCUCGAGAAGAUUGAGAACGAAGCACAAGCACAGACCUCUGGCACUUCCGAGCUUCGAAGACAGGCUGAUGACGCGAAGAUUGCGCUGGAAGAGAAACGGGACGAGCUCGCCGAGAUCAAGCGACAACUCGAUGAACAGACGGCCGAGCUCAACAACACCCGUGGCGCCGAGGUCGAGAUGCGCAACAAGCUGGAGGAUAAUCAAAAGCACCUAGCAGAGAACCAAAAGCGCCUCCGGCAUUGGCAAGAGAAGCUAGGCAAACUCACACUGCAGAAUGUCAGCGAGGAAGGCGAGGAGAAAGACCCUGAGCCAGUACCGGAGCUGAGCAGAGACGAGCUCGAGGAUCUCUCAAAGGAUGACCUCAAGAAACAGAUUGCACACUUGGAAGAACUCACAUCCACACAGCAGGAUCUCUCUGUCCUUGCUGAAUACCGCCGACGCGUAAACGAGCAUGCCUCUCGUCUCGAGGACCUCAAUGCUGCCCUGUCUGCCCGUGACGCUGCGAAGAAGCGAACAGAUGAGCUCCGCAGAAUGCGUCUCGAAGGCUUCAUGCAAGGCUUCUCGACGAUUUCCCUUCGCCUGAAGGAAAUGUACCAGAUGAUUACCAUGGGUGGAAAUGCCGAGCUCGAACUCGUCGACUCUCUCGACCCCUUCUCGGAAGGUAUUCUCUUCUCCGUCAUGCCACCGAAGAAGUCCUGGAAGAACAUCGGAAACCUUUCAGGUGGUGAGAAGACUUUAUCCUCCCUGGCGCUGGUCUUUGCGCUGCAUCACUACAAGCCCACGCCGCUCUACGUCAUGGACGAGAUUGAUGCUGCCCUUGACUUCAGGAACGUCAGUAUCGUGGCGGCGUACAUCAAGGAGAGGACAAAGAAUGCACAGUUUAUUGUUAUCUCGUUGAGGAAUAACAUGUUCGAGCUGGCGGCGAGGUUGGUGGGGGUGUACAAGGUGAAUCAUAUGACGAAGAGUGUUACUGUGGAGAAUAGGGAUUAUAUUGUACCGCGUGUACAGAGUGCUGUUGCGCCGGCUGCGGCGGGGGCUUCGAUUGUGGCUUGA